AGGGGCAGGUGGCGGGCGAUUCGUUUAGUGACGUCGACCUUUGCGUCUGAGUAUGGUGUCGCCGUUUGGAACCCGUCGCCCCAAAAGGAGCGAGAAAGAGAGCGGCGAGAGGGAAAGAGAGUGAGCACAAGCGGUCGGCCGUUCUCGGCUGGGGUUUCUGCCAUUCUCGAUCGCUUCUGGCCGCCCCCACAGACACACAGACGCCCCAACUCCCCGGAGCACUCCCACAUACACAUACAGACACAGGCCCACGAUGAAGAAGUCAACGAAGAGCGUGCGAUGGUCCACCGUGACAGUGUAUGAGUUCGGCGUAGCACUGGGAGGCAGCGCCGUCCCGCGCCGCGGCGGCCCGUCCAUCGGCUUGGCCCGCACACCGCAGCAGGUGUGGAGCACGACGCUGGAUAAGGUGCGGCGCUGCGGGGACCUGGCGCUCACGCGGCCGGGCUCCGCUGCAGACGCCGAUGACACCGAGCAGAAGGAGAACGCAGACACUUUGGACCGGAAUGAGCAGCGCAAGCGCCGGGUGCUGCGCGCACGGAGAGUGCGUUGGCUAAAGCCGCUAGAGCGCAUCACGAUGCUGACCAAGGCUGGCUGCAGCGAAGAGCGCAUCUACCGAAUGAUGAUGGAGAGCUCCGACAUCGCCAUGUCCAGGAGGCUCUGCGUCUCGAUGCAGCGGCAAGUGGCAGCAUGAAGGCGUGGAAUCUCUCACGUCUGGCGAGCAGGGACGAAAGUGGAUGAUAUCGCGCUGGUUGGCGCCGCUAUGCACCAAAGAAGACCAGAAGGGAGUAGAGUAUGGAUGACAAUGAAGAACUAUUUACUGUGUACUAAGGUGGUUUAG